GAGAUAAUACUGUGGGGCUGUGUGAGGACGGCUGAGCAGAGAGAGAAACCAUUUCUCUUCUCUCUCUGCUUUUCAAUCAGCCAGUCUUGUCUCUUUGGUAUCCACCAAGCUAUCUGCCCUCUGAGGACUUUUCUACUUCUGCUUACAGUGAUUUUGUUUCUUGUGGAGUCCAAAACAAACUUAAGAAACGAGAAAUAGAAGAAAAGGGGCCUGUGAGGGAGGACAAGGCCAUGGCCUCCUGGUUUAGCUGGAAUGAGCCUUAUUACCGGAGCCCCCGGCGGGACCCGGCAGACGUGGUCACCGACACCCUGAUGCUGGAGUUCAGCUGGCAGCUGAAGGAGGCCGAGAGGCAGCAGAGGGAGAGGGAGAACGAGUACCGGCGCCUCAAGACUGGAGUGGACUACAGCUGGCUGGCCAGCACGCCUCGCUCCUCCUACAGCAUCAGCACCGGGGAGAAGCUUGGCCUGGAGGACCUCUGCUCCAAGGUGCCGCCGUCCUGCUGCGGGCUGGUCAUACUGAAGUUCAGGGAGGUAAUGCAGGCCAAUGAGCCCGAGGCGCAGGAGGUGUCCAGCCUGUUCCGCUCUGUCCUCCUGGAGGCUCUGGACCACCUGAAGGAGGAGCAGGAGACGCAGCGGCUCGCCCGCCAGUGGAACAACAAGCGUGCCAUGAGCAUGUCCCUCAUCAACUUCAAGUCCCGGAUCAAGAUCAACCCCUUCGGAAGCACGGUGGGUCUGACCUCUGCUGCGGCCGACGGAGCGGGGCUGAGCGACCUCAAAACGGUGUCAGAGGACGUGGAGAAAGGGAUGGAGAGGUCGCAGAGAGUAUGGAGCGUGCCUGACUUCAGAUACAAAGGAACCAGUGGCAGUAAGGUUGUCUGAUGCGGGGCGUUCAGGAGAGUGAUGACGGGACAUUCGAGUGGGACAGAUGCUGAUCUCGAGAACUCUGCUGCAGUACAUCCUCUUUACACCUGAUUUUCAGUAUGAGACCACUCAGCAUUUGAUCUGUUUACUUAUCUUUUCAUCUGAAAGGGUUAAUGCCAGGUGUUUUCUCAGAUCUUCUGUACCUUGACAGCACUAAGUUACAGUUUCAGUUUCUACUGACUGAGAUUAUCAGCUCUUGCAGUGAUGCCUUUUAUAUUUUGUAGAGAUUUGGCAUCCAAGCACUGAGGGCUAUUUACUGUAGCUUGGUAGGGAUAUUUAUGUAAUUUUAAGCUUUCUUGUUGCAGGACAAAAUGACUUCACAAAUGGCCUGAGAGGUGAAUGGUCUUUUAUGACAGAUAGUUUUGCAAGAGAUUUCUGUAUAGAUGUUACCCAUACAGUCUUAAAACAAAUUGCAGGUAAUAUUAAUGUUCACAUUAAGGUCAUUCAGAGAGCGAGUCAUGCUCUCUCCACAUACAGCACUUUGUUGUCUCGCAACAGCACAAGGACUCCGCACAAUGAUUCUUCAUCCAAGGUCAGCAAACACAAAGCUUUCCUUCCGUGUUCUUCAUUUGAAAGAGUGUGCCACAGACGAAAACACACCAAGAAAUGAUCACUGUAUGAGAAAAGAUCUUUCUGAGUGAAACAUUUCGAAGUAAAAUCUUCCCACCAGUUUAUUGCCGUUUCUCUUCUGUUUGUCACACAGCAAAAUUCAACAGUUCACAAGAGGUUUACUCCAUCGUCCAUAUAAAGCUUUUUAACUGGUUUGAUACAAGGGCUAACAGUAAUUUUGUUUUGUAUUUCAGUUUAAUAAAGUAACUGAUGCUGAAACAAGAUUGAUAACAGAGGUGACAGAAUUCGGGGAAUGAAUGUUAUGAGUAAGUGGUACAGUAAUCAUUAAACACAAAGCAGAGUCGAUUUUCAUUUCAUUUUAAACAAAAUGUAGACAUUAAAAACUAAGGUAUUGGUACACACUGUGGUUCCGACAGCCAAGUUUUACUGUGAAAACAUAACGGGCAGGUAUUUACAAAAGAAUGGACAGUUCUAAAUGAAGUAAAGUUGACAUGAAUGAUUGACAGCUGGAAAAAAAUAUCUGGAACUUCAAAGAAGAACUUCACCGAUUUUACACAUCAAAGUCUGUUUGCAGGUCUUAGGGAGUACUUCUGCAUGUAUGGUA